CGCGAUAAAACCCUAACACAACAACGGAGACUGACGAGAAGGAAUCGAUCCAGCGGAGGAGCAAUGAAGGUGGUGGCACUGGUGAGCGGCGGCAAGGACAGCUGCUAUGCGAUGAUGCGAUGCAUCGAUUACGGGCACGAGAUCGUUGCCUUGGCCAAUCUCAUGCCCCUGGAUGAUUCGGUGGACGAGCUCGAUAGCUACAUGUAUCAAACUGUUGGACAUCAGAUAGUAGUUGGUUAUGCAGAAUGCAUGGGAUUACCAUUGUUCCGAAGGAGGAUACGAGGAUCCACAAGGCAUCAACAUCUUAAUUACAAAAUGACUUCAGGAGAUGAAGUUGAAGAUAUGUUUGUUUUAUUAAAUGAAGUUAAAAAGCAGAUUCCCUCUAUCACAGCAGUUUCUUCAGGUGCAAUUGCAUCAGAUUAUCAGAGAUUGCGAGUGGAGAGUGUUUGUUCAAGGUUAGGCCUCGUGUCUCUGGCUUAUUUGUGGAAACAAGAUCAAACUUUACUCCUUGAGGAAAUGAUAGAAAGGGGCAUUAUAGCUAUCACUAUUAAGGUCGCAGCUAUGGGGUUGAAUCCUGCAAAGCAUUUAGGACGAGAACUUGCAGAUCUGAUACCGUAUCUGCUCCAAAUUAAAGAAUUAUGUGGUAUAAAUGUCUGUGGCGAAGGAGGAGAAUAUGAAACACUAACACUUGACUGCCCUCUCUUUAAAAAUGCUAGGAUUUUUCUUGACAAGUUUGAGGUGAUUCUGCACUCACCAGAUAACAUUGCACCUGUUGGUUUCCUUCAUCCCUUGGCUUUCCAUCUUCAACAUAAGAUGGAGCCUCUGUCUUCCGGCAGUUGUGACAUUGGUUCAGGCAAGGUGGGAUAUGUAUGUGAAGUACAAGGAGAUUCUACACCAGAUCAUAUGGUGCAGUCUCUUUCUGCGUGCUCUCAGCUUGGUAAUUGUACAACUAAGAACCUGAACUUGUGCAUCUCAAGAGGCAGCAGGGACAAGUUUUCUAUUGGUUGUUGGAUUCAGAAUGUCUCUAAGACUUUAGAUGGCUUGCAGGAAGAUCUCAUUUCUGUUCUUGGAAAAAUUGAAUUGAAACUAAACGAAGAUGGCUUUGAUUGGCUGAACGUUAUAUACAUUCACCUCUACAUUUCCAAUAUGAAGGAUUUUACAUUGGCUAAUGAAGUGUAUGUGAAGUUUAUCACAGAGAAGAAAUGCUUCUUGGGUGUCCCAUCUAGAAGUACAAUUGAACUGCCAUUGGUGCAGGUUGGCCUGGGUAAUGCCUUCGUUGAAGUCUUAGUAGCCAAUGAUCACAGCAAAAGAGUUCUACAUGUACAAAGUAUCUCAUGCUGGGCACCUAGUUGCAUUGGUCCAUACAGCCAGGCAACUUUGCAUGGAGAAGUUCUCCAUAUGGCUGGGCAGUUGGGGCUGGAUCCCCCAACAAUGACACUUUGUUCAGGAGGUCCGGCUAUUGAAAUAGAGCAAGCACUACUAAACAGCGAGGCCAUAGCUAAUUGCUUCAACAGCUCCCUUGUUUCCUGUGCAAUUCUUUUGACAGUAUAUUGUGCUGCCUCUCUCACAUUCUGUGAGAGAACUGAAAUUCAGCACAAAAUGGAAUCUUUCUUUGAUGACGACUCUGAUUCGAUCGAUGUGAAAAGAGUGGCCAGCCCAAUUUUCUUAUAUAUUCUUGCACCUGCUCUUCCCAAAGGAGCUCUUGUUGAAGUAAAACCUGUUCUCUACAUUCCAGAAAACGGAGAUUAUGGAAUUGGAAAUAAUUUGCUAGGAUCAGAUAGCAAAGAAAUGGUUUGGGAUUUUCAGACUUACACCAUCAGUGGAAAGAUUUGUGCGGCCUUAGUUUCUAUUACAAAAGAUGUGGCAGCAAAGAUCUGCCCUAAUACUGAACCAGAACUUAUCUCUGGCGAUCACAUAAGAGUGAUUGCAAAGUUUUGUGUCUUUCUUGUCAAUAAGGUCCUUUUGGACAACUAUUUAUUUUGGGGAGAUUUGAUGCACUUGAAGUUCUACUACACAGCAUAUCUUUCCAUGACAGCGGAGACCCUAAAUCUCAUAUUUUAUGAGGUCUUUGCAGCAUUUGCAGAGGACAGCAAAAGUUUUGAGAUGGGGAAGGAGCCAAUCUUUAGUCUCAUUCCAGUGCUGAGCUCAGGUAGAUCUGCAUCUAUGGAGGACAUAAUCACCUGUGAGCUGUUUGCGUCAAAGCUCUGAAUUGGUGCGACUGCAUAAUCUGUGAAAUCCAAAGCUGUUUCUGUGGAAUGUCAUGGGUCAGGCUGCAUGUUAUGUGCAUUACUUGCAUGUAAUAUCGAAAAGUUGGACUACUUUGGACUCGACGUCACUUAUUUUCUCAGACUACUGGAACUGCUGCUCCAACAAAGAAUCAGCUUUGGAGGAUAAGAGAACAGCCUGCAUGACAAGCAAUUCAUUUAAAGCUUAAAGCUGCAGUAUGUUACCAGCAAUGGUUACUGCAUAUAGGGGAAAGAGAUAUCAGAGGGAUAUCAGCAUCUAAUUGCAAGGCUCUCAAAAUGCAGCACAGGCUUAGUUUUGCAAUGCAGCUUUUGCUUCUCAUGUGAAACUUGUGGUUUUUGCCUUGACAUCAUCUGUACCCUUGAAUUAUGCUUCCAUUGCCUAUUUUUCUUUUUGAAUUCAUCUCAUAAUUAAUAUCUAUAUUUGAUUUAAGUGGAUUGGGUAAAUUAUGGGCAUCCCAAUAAAUCCAA